AUGAGUGCUUUGGGUGAUUUUGUUGAUAUCAAACACAAUGUUGCAAAUGCAAAGAGAAUGGCAAUCGUUGCCAUGCACAAACUAAUUUUUGAGGAAGACGGUGACCGCGGUAACCGACAACGUGUACGUCAGUUUACUGGCUUUGAUUUUAAAGAACACGACGUUGAGUAUGAACAGAAAAGAAAAUAUGUUGAAGAGAACCUGAGUGAUGCUGAUUUGGUUGCUGUAUGCAAUGUAUUGGGUUUAGGUUACAACAAAGACGAUUUGUUUCAACACAUAUUUUCUAAUAUGAAGAAGGGACAACUGAUGUGUUGCCUUGACAAUGACGAUUACGACGACGAUGAUGAUGUUAACGACGAUAAUGAUGCUACAAUUGUACAAAACGACGCAAUCAUCAACAACGACGAUGAUGAUGUUAACAACGAUGAUGACGGUACAAUUGUACAUAACGACGCAAACAACAACAACAACGACGGUGAUCAUAAGAAUAUUGAACAUGACGACGCAAGCAACAAUUCUUAUGAAAACAAAUAUGUGGGCAGAGCUGAAUUUAACGACGGCAGCAAAAGCAAGACGAUGCAGAGUAUGGCAAGAAGUACAGACGAUGGUAACGGUAUGCAGAAUGCAGAAUUUGUUAAUGUGCGGAAGAGUACAUGUAUGAACAUGCAACGGUUUGCAAUAAACUAUCGUGAUAUUGAAGACUCUAUUCCCUCGUUCGACGGCGACGGAAAUAUGCCAAUUGAUGUAUGGAUAGAUGAAUUUGAAGAAACAUCUUCUAUUAUGGGUUUUGAUGAUUUCCAGAUGUUUAUUUUUGCAAAAAAAUCAUUGAAGGGUUUGGCCAAACUGUACGUGUCCAGUGAAAGAGGUAUUACAUCUUAUGCCAUAUUGAAGAAGGCAUUAAGAAAUGAAUUUGGUUCAACAGUGAAUAGUGCACAAUUGCAUAGAAUGAUGAUACAACGACGAAUGAAUGGAGACGAAACAAUUCAUCAAUACUUUUUUAGUAUGAAAGAGUUGGCUUCACGAGGAAGUAUUGACGAUAGCACCCUAAUGGAGUAUGUUAUUGACGGUAUUAAUGAUUUGACCGUAAACAAAUCUAUUUUAUAUGGCGCAACUAAUUUGAAGGAUUUUAAAAUCAAAUUAAAAUGCUACGAGACGAUGGUGGACAAAUCUACCAAACCAAAGAUGGAGAAACCAACAACGAGCAGAGUCAAGAACGACAGAAAGGAGAAAACUUGUUUUAAUUGUGGUGGCAAAGGCCAUGAAUCUAAAUAUUGUAAGGACAAGGACAAGGGCGUUAAAUGUUUCAGCUGUAACAAAUUCGGUCAUGUUUCCAAGCAGUGUCCUACAAAACAAGAAAAAGCAAACGUACGUCAGCUGGUAACAGUGAAAAAGAAUCCGAUGGAGUUCGAGGUACAAUUUUUGUGUGACCAACCUUUUUCAGCGAAGACUUUGUUCGAUACAGGGAGUAAAUUUAAUGUGGUUUCUAAUGACGUUUAUGAGAGACUAAAAAGUCCUAAACUUGGUAAAUCAGAUUUCUAUCUCGUUGGUUUUGGCAAUCAGGGAAACCAGAAUAAGAUUAAGCCAAUUGGAAAUUUUGAGCAGAAUAUAAAUAUUGACGACGACGAAUAUAUCUUAACUUUUCACGUAGUGCCUACCGAUUCUAUAGAUGUCGACGUAAUAUUGGGUAACGAAUUUUGUAAGUUUAGUGAGAUAAACAUUACUUCAGACGGUUUGAAGAUACGAAAGGUCCUGAACGAGACAGUAGAGGAAAUUCACAAAAUGAUGGUGAUAAACACAUAUGAAGAUCCCGAUAAUGAAGUAAGUAAAGGUGAAAUAGACGACAGUGCAAGUGAAAAUGCCAAGCUCGAAGUGAGAAGAUUAAUUACGAAUUAUCGACCAGUGAAAACCAAGACAACAAAUGUCGAGAUGAAAAUAAUUGUUAAAGAUGAGACCCCAAUUCACUGCAGUCCAAGACGCUUGCCGAUAACGGAACGAAAAAUAGUCGAUGACCAAAUUGAAGAAUGGCUCAAAGAAGGCAUCUUUGAACCAUCCGAGUCGGAGUAUAGUAGUCCCGUGGUACUUGUUAAGAAACGAAAUGGAGAACCAAGACUUUGUGUCGAUUUCCGGAGAAUCAACAAGGUGAUUGAGAAGGAUCGAUUUCCAUUGCCGUUAAUUGAAGACCAACUGGAUCGGUUGCAAGACACCAAUAUAUUUUCAACGAUAGAUCUCAAAAACGGUUUCUUCCACGUGUCCGUCGAGGAAUAA